UGGAGACCCCUGACAUAGAGAAGCAAGCGGAACAAUGCCUCGCGGUUUGCUUUCUUCAGCCGCCUCGACCACCUUCGCUUUUGUGCCUUAGUUCUGCUUGGAGGCUCCUGAAGUUAGCUGCCGUCUGGCCGAUCUGAGGGAUUCUGCGGGGAGGCUUCCCUGGGCUCAGACCGGCGGCAAUGACGGAAUCGUCUUUGCAAAGGCCGUCAAACGCAACCACCUCUAGCGGGGGCGUUUCCGAAGACUCAAAAUGCCAAACUGGGGAGGUGGAAACAAAUGUGGAGCCUGCGGCAGAAUAGUAUACCAUGCGGAGGAAGUCCAGUGUGAUGGGAGAAGCUUCCACAGAUGUUGCUUUCUUUGUAUGGUAUGCCGGAAAAACCUGGAUAGCACAACUGUGGCCAUGCAUGAGGAAGAAAUAUACUGCAAGUCUUGUUAUGGGAAAAAAUAUGGCCCCAAAGGAUAUGGCUAUGGGCAAGGAGCAGGCACUCUCAAUAUGGACAGAGGAGAAAGGCUUGGCAUAAAACAUGACAAUUCUUUUCAUGCUAGCAUACCUUCUCAUCGACCGACAACAAGUCCAAAUACUUCAAAAUUUGCUCAGAAAUUUGGAGGGGCAGAAAAAUGUUCCAGAUGUGGUGACUCUGUGUAUGCAGCUGAGAAAGUAAUAGGAGCUGGAAAGCCUUGGCAUAAAAAUUGUUUUCGCUGUGCCAAGUGUGGUAAAAGCCUUGAAUCAACAACUCUGACAGAGAAGGACGGCGAAAUUUAUUGCAAAGGUUGUUAUGCAAAGAACUUUGGCCCCAAAGGAUUUGGCUAUGGUCAAGGCGCUGGUGCUCUUGUUCACGCUCAGUGACACAUUAGCUGUUUGGCACACAGAGGGUUCCCUUUUUCCAAGGCACAACUUAAUAUGCUACCAUUUACUGUGAAAUAGCUCUUGGCUUAUGCAACUGCUUUUCCUUAGGUACCGCAUGUAAUCCAGUCUUGAAGCAGAUUUUUAAAUAACCUGUCAAUCAAUUUCAAUAAAGCUUUGUAUUUAGACA